GAAAGUCAUAUUCAACCGGGUGCGGAGCAUGCGGAACUGUUCAGUUCACAAAACACGCUUUUCACAUGCCGCGAUUUUUUAUGAAAUCAUUGUAUCCAUUCUGUCAAAAUUUUGGUUCCAUUCUUGUCAUUUCCAUCAACGAACACUCGAGUCAAGCGCAAAUAAAAUGGGUGAUUAAUGGACGAGGGAGAGGUGUGACAAACGAAACCAUUUACCGACAUGUAUCCAAGAAGAUUACCCAAUCCGAUUCUUACAUCGCAAUCUAACCUAAAAAAAUUCUUUCUGGAGAACACCAACAUAUUGUACAGGACUUUGCGGGACAUAAAAAGCGCAAAAUCGGCAUCAACUCGACUGCAACUUUUCAUCAAGAACAACUUUUCUACUUUGCUAAGUUCACAUAAAUCUAUAAAGGACCAAUCGGCCAGUCUAUUGAAACUAUGGGCGCACCAGUGCGAAUUCGUGGUGGCUCAAAGGAUACGAAGGAGCCAACAGAUGUUUUGCAUGUACUCCCGCAUGUGGGAGGAACGCAAUUUCAAGGAACUGCUGAGGAAUAUGAGAAUGGCCCUGUCGAGGAGGAGGAAGGUUUUUUUGGGAGCUGUCGGAGUUUCCACCUUCAACUGGAAUGAAAAACGUAUAUCUGAUGAGGAAAUGAAACAGUACAUGACUGACAUAGACUACAUAAACAAACUUAAGAAUGCCACAAUUUGUAUGUCAUGUGAUCCAACAAAUAGGAACAAUGACAGUAAACAGACCGUCUGUGGACAUUGCAAUUCAGGACUUCUGGAUGGUAGCAGAAAAUACGACAAUUGGGAACCCUUUUUACUGAAAGAAGACUUGGUUGUCUGGAGGAAACAACAUGAGAGUGGGAGUUAUAUUUACAAAGUGUUUGGCUCAUAUCCGGAUGUUACUGCCACUGAUUUCCUGAAUGUACAAGUUGACACUGAGUAUAGGAAGAAGUGGGACAGCACAGCGGUUGCACUAGAAACCAUUGAAAAUGAUCCAAAAGAGGAAAUGCACAGUGAUAUAAUUUAUUGGGAGAUGUUAUGGCCUAGGCUCUUCACCAACAGGGACUACGUCUUCUUGCGAAGAUACAUGAUACACAAUGAAUCGAAUACGAUGGUAAUACUCAGCAAAAGCACGGUGCACCCGAAAUAUCCAAAGAGAAGCGACAAAUAUCGAGUGGAGGAUUACUGGUCGCGUAUGGUGAUAAAACCAUACGGUGAAAUGGAUCAGCCGGGUGUCGAAUUUAGUUUAACAUAUUACGAUAAUCCGGGCGUUAAUAUACCGUCGUCCGUUACGAAUUGGGUGGCGAUGCGAGCCAUGCCCGACUUUCUGGCCCGCCUGAGAGAAGCCACGAAGAACUACAAGAAUUAUUGUAUAGUGGAAGGGGUAAGUGCAAUGUGUAAAAUAGUCAAACAAAGGGUGCCAGACGAUGACUUUCUCGACUUCUGUUCCUUUACACACGAACCCGUGUUCAUUAGACCAAAGGUGCCUAAACCUGCGACGAGUCCAAAGGCCGACGAGUCAAAGGAGAACGUUCAAGAAACCGAAGAGACCCAAGAAACUCAGGAAAAAAUCGAUACCAGUCCUGCGCCCUCAUCAGAAGUACAACAGCCCACAAACAGCACUGUCAAAGCUGACAACAGUUUUUGGAAAUAUUUACGUCCCACUUAUUAUUUUCAUUAACUAUUUCUCCGUUCACAUUUAAGUAACAUGUAGUCAAACUUAAGACUGUAACACCUUUAUUGAUUUAGUAAAUUCUUAUUUGAAUUCAAACAUGGUUUUUGUUAAUUUUUUGUAUGAGUCCAGUGCCAAGCACACGACUAAUUGUAUUAUAUAGUUAUGUGUCAAUAUGUCCACUGAGUCAAAGGCACUUGUUAGGAAUUUUAAUAUCAUUAUAUUGUCUUGUUAUA